AUGGCGGAAGAGGACCGAGUAGAUAUCUCUGAGGAAGUCAAUCCGUCGAUCCCGGUUCAUUCUCAAUCGCCUCCAACACACGCUCCGCCGCCUUCGACUCCUGCAGGCAUAUUCCCGGCGUAUUCGGGCGCCCCUCCGACACAUCUCCCGCCCCCGACGUCUUCAGGGGCGCCCCUCCCACGAGUCUCAUUGACGUCAUCCGCCUCCGACGACCAAGCCCGCAUCACGGAACUCGAAGGCACGGUUAAUCAACUAGUUGCGAGCAUGACAGCCAACAUGGCGGAACUGUUCGCCCUACUCAGAGGACCGAACCGCGCAUCCUCGAGCUCCACGCCUCCACCGGGACAAGGGCCAACAGUCGAUCCAACCCCUUGGGUUCCGCCAACCCAAAUUCCGGAGAACCUUGAUGCCCCCGCGCCGCCAACACUGCAUACGUCCACGGCUCACCCUUUCACCAGUCCAUUUCCGCCGCCACCGGCCCCCACAACCGUCCCUCUUCCACCAGCAACAUUCUUGUCUUCGGAACAGGCCCCGUCAGCACCUCCACUUGUCUCCAUACCGGCCCCAGCCGCGAUCUAUACUGUCCCUCCGCCGAUGGCCGAGGACAUUCCUACUUGGGCGGCCCUUUUCCGGAAGUUCAUCGAUCAAUACCAAUACUGUGCAAAAACGCCUCCGACCCUAUUGGAACUGAGCAUGAAAGAGAUGGCACAAGGCCAAAGAUUCGAGGAAUACGCCACCAAAUGGUGCGCCCAAGUGGCGAAGCACAUCCCUCCGAUCAACGAAGCACAACAGAUCUAG